AUGGAUUCAUUGUCUGCAAUAGAUGCAAACGCCAUUGAUGAAGAUAACGACCGGAACGAUCAACAAUAUUCACAAGUCUAUAUUCAGUCUCGUCUGCCGUCAGAUAUCAGCACAACAACGGACGACCACGAAGUGAACGAUUACAGCCAGCAACUUCGAGACAAGAUGGUGAUUGUCAAUCUAUACGAUUGUAUGCAAUGCUACAUCAAGCUAGAGCGAUGCAAAAUUGAAGUGGAAAACGACGAAGUACUGGACGCUGGUGAUGCAAACGUGAAUUCACCAACCUUCAUUGCUGCUCAAGUACGAGAACGACGUGAAGAAUUGGAAAUGACGCCACCACAGAAACACUCUCGCAAUGACACAGUAUCCACCGUACAAGGAGAAGAACAAGGAGGAACGUAUCAGGAUAAAAAGUCAUCCUCCAGUGAUGGGAGUCAACCGACCCCCGUCGAUCGAUGCCGGAAAUGUCUCUUUCCGUCAACACCAACGAAGCCCCAGCUACCGCCUCCACCACCAGCGGUGCCUCGGGUGAUGACUUACCGAAUACCAACAUCACAAUCAUCGAUAUCCUAUUCCGUGCGAAUUCUGCCGUCCCAAGUUGCACCAUUGGCUACCGUGCGAGAAGACGAUGAGCAGUCCAAAUGA